GCCCUCAGCAGCCGCACUUCCGCCCUUCCGCCCCGCCCUCAGGCCAGGCCGCGCCGGGGCAGCAGUGGGGGUCCGCCCGGUCUCCGGCCUAAAGGCACGGAGCGCAGCCCGCGCCCGGGUGAGUCGGACCGGACCGGACCGGCCGCUCGCUGUCGGCCUCGGGGGUGAAAACUGGGGUGUGAGAUGUGUUAACGACUCGUGCUGUGCUUUUCCUUACGGAGAGGGCGCAGCAGCGGGAUCAGCAGAGGGCUCCAGGCACCGACAGGACCCGCGCUGGCAGCCGGUCUGCUGAAAGGCAGCGAGCGCGGCAGGAGCACCUGUGAUUCUAUGUGAUUCCCCGGCCGGGCGCUCAGGUUAUGCUGUGGGCACAUGAAUAGCAUGCAGAGCCUCUUGGCUGCCUCUGUGAUUUCCAUCCAGAAUUCCUGCUUCAUCUAUCCUGCCUGUCAAAACUGCUUUUCUCGUCUGAUACUGGACUCCAGGAGGUUCAACUGUCUGAAAUGUGGCUGCACAGGUGAAGCUAAAGAUGCAAGCUACAGAUAUAGAUUGUCCCUAAAGAUUGCUGACACUAAUGAUUUGUUUGACAUCACUGUUUUUGGAAGUUGCUUAGAUCCAUUCUUUGGGGUCACUGCAGAAAAUCUGCAGAGGUAUAUUCAAGACUUCAAUCAGCUGUCAGGAGAAAGAAACACAGAGUCAUCUACAAGAGCGUUAGUUCAAGCAGUGGAAACAUGUUUCAUUGGAAAAAGGUUUAUAUUUGGAGUGAAGGGUUAUGCAAAGGAAGAUGGAAGGCAUUCUGCUGCCAGCAGCAUCUUGCAGAAGUGUUCCAGAAUUAACACAAGUACGAAAAGCCUUGUAGCAUGCCAGAUCUUCCUGCCAAAUGCUGCUGUUACUGGCUUUACUGUUAUCAGUUACUUAGAUCGUCUCCUGCAGUCGGCAAAAUUCAGGAGCUGUAAUAACAGCUCAUAUUUACCUGAUGUGUCAUCAACUCCCAUAGAUGAGCCUCUCAGUGAGCUCAGCAGCUUGUCUAGCCUGAGCAGGARCUCCUGUUUUGUUCAGUCUAGUGGCAAGGAAAGUUUUUUAGGGGGCUGGCAGCAAUCCUUCAGUCUGACUUCAUCUGUUGCUUGGGUAACAGCGGAAGACUUUCCCACUCUGGAAGUGAGAAAGCUGRUGAGUGAACAGCAUGAACAAGAGGAGAGGCCUGUCUCUGCAGAACUGAGCAGUGUAAGCCUCAACAAUCAAACUCUUGAGGACUCACAGUUUCUCAUCUCUUCUGUGAAGGAAGGGGAUAAAGAGAAGGAUAAUGAAUCAAGUUCACAGCUCAGUUGGACUAACGGUGUCUCUGCAACUGAUAAAUUGGAGAGACAAUCCUCUUCAAACACCGAAUGUUCACAUCAAAACAGUUCCAAGUUGUUACAACAUCCCUUGGAAUCUGAGGUAAAAAACAUUUACCCAAAAACUAAUAGUAGAAAUUAUUGUUACCCAGAAAAAUCCCACCACUCCCUUGUUUGUACAAGAGAUGCCUCAGCUCCUAAUCACGUAAAAGUAGCUGAAGUGUCUCAGAUGGACUCUAUGUUUUGGGAAGAGCUCCCAUUCUCAGAAAGCCUAAAUCAAUUGUUAGCCAGGAUAGAGGAUGGCAGGAGUGUUGUAACAUCACCCAGCCUUGAUGCAGGCAAACAUGUCCUUCAAAGUAGCAAGUUGGGUGUAAAUCUUAACAAAUUGUAUCCCAGGCAAGCGCCAGAUGUAUUGUCUGCAGCGAGCAUCUCAGGGAGGCUGUUGCUAUCAGCAGAGAAUGAUAGCUGGGAGAACAUAGUGUGUGCUCAUCUUCAGUCAAAUCCGAACCCUCUGAGUGAGAUACCACAAUGUGAGUCUUCCCCUGAUGAUUUAUCUUCAACCCUCAAGGAAUGUGAAGUAUCCUCACUAGUUACACCAGARACUUCUGUUUCUCAGAGCAGAUGUGUGCAGUCCAAAGCAGCAAAUAGUGACAUUGCAAAUUCAUCUUGGUCUGUGGUUAGGCUUCAUGGAGAAACCUCCUGUUUAAAAAGGAGCAAGACAGCCGUGUGUGUGCAUUCUGCAUGUGAAAAUGGUUUAACUGGUUGUGRAAAUAAAGAAAAUUAUUCUUCUACACCAAGCCACAGAAAAGAUCUUACACUCACAGGGGCCCAGGUCUCUGAUCCACCAACUCCCAGCAAUGCAAGAAGGAUAUAUAAAAGAGAAUUAAAGCCAUUGACAGAGCUGUCAGAUAAUACCUUCAGAACUGUUACUAGGAAAGAGCUGCAGUGGAAUAACAUCAUCUCUGAAGGCAGCUACAAUGCUUCUGCUGAUCUCUUUGAUGCAAGUGUAAGAGCGGUAGCAAAACCUGUGGAAUUCUUAAAUAAAUCAUGUGAUUCUUUAAUACAGGUGGAUAGUUUGACAGAGAAGAUCACAGCUGAAUCAGUGCUCUCUCCUGGAGGUGUUCCUUGUAACAGCUCAAAACUGAUCUCAUCCCUACACAGGUCUCAUGCUUUUAGCAAGCACAGUACACCUGUAACUUACUCCUUUUGCGAUUCAGAAUGCAGUUCAGUUUGCGCUCAGGACUUUGUUCCUUAUUCACAGUCAACUCCUAUGGCUAAACCUCUGCAGAAACUGUGGCCUGUUGGGGAAAGAAGCUCUUUUGUUGCCAUCUUCACUCCUAAAAAUCCCACUAAAAUCCAUCCCAAACGCAAGCGAUCUAGGUCUUCCUUUCAGAACACACUGCUGCAGCAGCUUACUGGCAAGUUAGCGAAACGUGGGAGGCCAAGGAACAAGGAAGAUAAAGAAUGUGGUAGCUUUACUUCUCAGCAAUUCCUUAAUAGCCAACUGCCUGCCAGCUUGGAGGAGUGGAUCCCUCCAUCKUCAAACAAAAAGCUGAAACCAACGGUGUCUUUAAAUUUAAAAACAACUAGCUGGGCUGCUGACUUGCAAUCCACCUGURGGCACUCAGGCAGGAACCCUAUUUCUGAAAGCAGAAAGAACAGUGAAAAUGAUGACAAUCUCAUCCAAAAUGAGAUUUUAAGCCCUGGGGAUAGAGCCAGGAUUCUAACAACUCCUGUAUUUGCAGGUGUCACCAAAACCYCACCUUUAAAUAAUACAGUCCUGAAAACGUAUUCCCCUUCAGAAGCCAAGAAUUGCCUCUCACAUGGAAACUAUUCAGGAGUUGUUGGACAGUUGGAAGGGCCAACUGCCUGGUCUCCUGUGCUAUUCUUCUAAGCACAGAUGCCUUUUUCCAAUAAGCCAAAAUACUAAAAAAACUACAUUUCUAUGCUGUGUUCUUUUUUAUUUUUUUUUUUUUAAUUUUGGGAAGGAGCCAGUUGAAGAAAAGAGCUAUUUAACAGUUAAAUUGUUUAUACACCUAUUGCUAAAAGGAAUUAUGUUUAUAUUUUGAGACCUGUGUACUAUAGAGAUGAAGGAAAUCAGAAUCUGCAGUUACUAUAUUUUAUUGGAAAUUGAUUAGGAGGAGCAAUAAACACUUUUAUAAAUGUGUGAGUAUUGAAUAGAACUCACUUGAUAAAUACAAGUCGUUUAAGUGUUUUAAUGUUCACUAUUGUCUUUUCAUCACAAGAGCAGCAAUGGAGUUCAUGUCCACUCCAGAUUCUUGCUUGAUGACUCUCUGGGGAAAAGGCCCAAGUUUUCAUCGAAGAUUUGAUGGUGCCUUGUAUUGGAGCCUAUUUGGGAUCCUGUGACAGCCUUGAGCUGGGUGAAGGGGGCCAUCCUGAGAGCUUGGUAGCAGCUCCCAGUUUUCCUGUAGGCUUUUUCAAGUUAAGGACUGCUAGUGGUAGAUUCCUGGCACUGGCUUUCCUCAUUGCUUUAAGGUCUUCCAUGUCCCCCAACCCAAAUUAGGAUCAUUGAACAGAGAAAUCUUGUAUCUGCUGCUGUAAGCUUGUCAGAUCCUACAGAAGGAUUUGGGAAUCUGGUGGCACAGGAUCUGAGCAGCCUGAAAAUGAUGACAUUCUGUUGCAAAUGAGUGUUUUUAAGGCCAUAGUGUGGCCCAAGGGGGUAGAGGGGAUGUGCCACUAUGCUUAGAGUACCAGAAACAGACCUAAAAGUACCUGCUGUGAUUUUUUUUUUCUUUUGAGUUAUAAAAUGAAUAUGCCUCAUUUAUAUUGUGACUCGUGACAGGGAGGGGUUACUUGGUUCCUUCUCAGCUACAAGGUGAAUGUUUUUACCUUCCUGUGUUUGAGACCUCAUAUAAUUUCUACAGCACCUACUUAAGCCUCACUGUUCAGAAGAGUUUUGUGUCUCAUCAUGCAAGGAAAAAAAUUGUAUCAAUUCUGAUGUCYAAAGGGCUUUCAGGUUGUAAAGACAUCACUUCUGCCUUAGGAAACCUGAGAGRCAGAAGUUGCUGGACGUUAGGGGAGUAUCAGACAAGUGAAAAGGUAUCAUUUGGUACUGAUCUCGUUCUUGUGCAUUUUGCUUACUCAUUGAUUGUUGGAGUCAGGGAUAGAAGGGCUUCUUGUGCCUUGAAAGCCUGAAAYACUUGUUUACCUCACAGUCCCUUGGUCCCACAGGGGUGCCUCAGUGGGGCAUCCACACAGACCAGUAGGCAGGACCUUCCUAAGGCAGCCAACAGAAACCAUGUUUGGGGUGGAUGGAAAAAACACACCUUUGGAAUUUGAGGUGUAAUCUUUGCGUGGCUUCAUAUGUCUUCUACAAAAUAAUUAUAUACCUGCUCAUUAAUUUCAGGAAACAGGAAUGAGGGCAUUUACUUUCACCACCUUGUUCCUUAUUCAUGAUUUUUAACAUGGAUCACCAUCACAGAACAUACAGGUAAACUUUUUUAGUUUCUCAGUCUGUAAGUUCUGCACCUUCUAAUCAAAUGCAUUUCCCUUCGAGGGAUUGGAGAGAGAAGAGAUGUGGAAUCAAACAAGCUUCUCCUGUGGCUGARCAGGGUAUAAAUGAGGUGCAGCCUCUCCUGCCGAAGGUGCAGAUGUGCUGAGACUGCAGGCAUUCCUGCAGGCCAACCCAAAAAGUUCCACAUGGCUAUGCAGCAGGUCUGCACAGGUAAAUUCCCUGUACAAAGAAGCUUUUCCAAGUCAGCAUUGGUUGGCUUGGCUAUUUUUCUCACUCCUUAUUUAUAGUUGAGUGAGGCACAGGCUCACAGACUUGCCUGACAUUGAGAGGACAUGCAGCACAGCUCUGAAAGAGCUUAACCAGCAAACCAUCUCUUGCUGUCCCCAACAAGAUACUCAAGCACACCACAAAAGUUCUUCCUGGUGUUUAAGGAUCCUGCAACAGCAGGUGGCAGUGGAAAGAGGUGCAAGAUUUCUUCUGACAGGUCCAAGCCUAGAUUCCUGCAGUCCCUGAGCCCUAGACAUAAACAGCAGAAAAAGGAUCAUCUUCUUAUGGCAAAGGAGGUCAGGAAAAGAGCAGAAUAAACAUCACCAUUUUAAACAAUGUUUAAUUCAUAAGCUGAUGAUGUUUUAAAACAGAGGGGAAAUUUAGGUUAGAUAUGCCGAAAAAAUUCUUCACUGUGAGAGUGGUGAGGCMCUGGCACRGUUGCCCAGAGAAGGUGUAGAUGCCCCAUCCCUGGCAGUGUUCAAGGCCAGGUUGGAUGGGGCUCUGAGCAACCUGGGAUACUGGAAAGUGUCCCUGCCCAUGGCAGGAGGACUGGAAGAAGAUCUUUAAGGUCCCUUGCAACACAAACCAUCCUGUGGCUCUGUGACCAAGGGAACCACAGGCACCUGCCUGCGAAUGGAGCCACUUGCUAAGUGCAGUGCCAGUGACAGCGCUGUUGCAGAAUGUGGCAGGGCUCUGCUGUAAGGGACACAGUUCCUGUAAAAGGCUUCCUGGCACAGCCAAAGGGACAUGAGAGUAAUAGCAGAAACCAUAUGGGCUUUGCAAGCUGCUGCUGAGUUGCCCAGCUGAGCUUUAGCCCUGCAAAUCAGCGCACCAAAACUGCACCAGGGCUGCUUAGUCAGGGUAGCACAGGGCCAGGAUGAGACCMAGUGAAAAGGCCUGGGCUUGUGCCUGCAUUUACCAGUGCUGUGUCUGUUGAAAAGAUUCAUUUAUUGUAAAUAAAAUCCUACUUGAGAAACCCUUGGGGCAAGUGGAAAAGGAGUAAGAAGUAUUGCCUGCCUAGAAAUAAGAUCRUGUGUAGCUUAUGUAGAAGAAAUGAAGGGAAAAACAGCAUUACUCAUGCCCAAAUUAGUGAGCAUAGGGAAGGCAAGACAGAAAAGGUUUUAACGCAUCAUAACGCUUGAAACUAGUUUUUUGUACUUCAGCACAUUAUAGGAUACUGAAGUUAUCACUGGCUUUUUAAGUGAUGAACAGGACAGACAUCCACUCUGUCACCAGGAGUUAGACCUGAUCCAAGUGAGAUGCCAGAGACUUGAUGCAGCUAGCUCUGAAACACUGCCAGAGCUUCUACAGCAUAUACCUGACAGCAUCUUGACAUGAAAUGUUUGGUCCAGCAUGAGUGAUUUUAUUCAGCAGACAAUUCACUCACAUACUAUAGUAAGUGAUAGCUUGGYGCAGGCUGAUGUGAUUAUAAUUAUAAGCUUGUACAAAAAGACUAGAGCUCAGRAUGUUUAAUUCUGA